ACUGGCGAUGGAUCUGUUAGACGAGAUCAAGUUGGUGGGGUCAAAAUACUCAGCUUGUUCAACAGGGUUCACUGAAUUAUAUUAGUUCCCAGUUGGUUGAAUCUAUUUUAAGCAAGGUUGUAGAAGAGUUCGAGCAUCAGAUUGCAAGCAGAGGAGGUGAACAGUUACAACCAAAAAUAACUUCAAGAGAUCCUGUUUCUCAAAGCAAUGGGUCUUCAAGAGGUGAACAGUUACAACAAAAAAUUUCUUGAAUGUAAGUAGAAUUGUCCAAUGAACAUGACAGCAUAGCAAAGAAAUAGGAAAGUGCUGUUGAUUCCUUUUAUUGUUGAUCUUUUUCUAGUCAUAUUCUAGCACUUGUUCUGUUUGGUUUAUUUUCUUGAGAGUAAAAACUAAAACGAGGUUCAGGGCAUACUAUAAGAGGUGAAUUUAAUACAUUAACAGAUGUAAUACAUUCGUUUUUUUUGAAAGAUAAUAUAAAAAAUAAUUAUUUUUAUUGUGGCAUGUAAUUGGAUGUAUUUGUAAAUUAAAUUCUUUUAAACAUUAGCCUGAAAAGAAAAUGUGCAAGUUUCAUUGAACCUUGAAAAGGGAUCGAGAUGGGGGGAGGGGCGGCGGGGGCACCCGAUUUCUUCUACAAGGAAGCUCAGCGCCUUGGCUAUGUUGCUCGCUCUGCCUUCAAGCUAGUACAGAUACAGAAGCAGCACAAGCUCAUCAAGGCUGGCUCAUCCGUACUGGACCUCGGCUGUGCUCCGGGUGCUUGGCUUCAAGUUGCUUGCCAGAGCCUCGGUCCUCCCAAUCAUGGCGGUUCCGUUCUCGGCAUCGAUCUCAAGGUAACCCAAACCUCCAUCUCUCUCUUCCACGGAAACACAGCUGAUAUUGUUGAAAUGUUUUUCAGUCGACUUGGAAUGGUUCCAGUAAUUGCAUUAGUUGGUUUUGAACUAUUUAACAGAGGGUUCCUUGUGGUUGGGAGCUGCAUCGAAAUUGGAAUUCCCAUGCUAAUACUGUUUAUAGCCUUGUCUCAGUAUUAUUGUAUAAUUAGGUAGCUGUUAUUGUAUAGGACAAGGGAAUAACAAGACAAUCCCAUCCAAAACUAAAAGAAGCACUCAUGAUCACGUAGGUCUAGUCGAUAUAUAACUGCAGCUAUAUACAUCUUUUACAUGAAUUAAACCAUCAUUCAUGCAGAAUAUAUAUAUAAUCAUCACCAUUAACACUUUUCAGUUUUUCCUACUCCCUACUUGGCACGCUAAUAAUGUCUUUCUCUAAUUUUAAUGAUUUACUUUGGGCUUCAAAUAAUUGAGUUUAUAUAUGAUUUACUUUCAGUUUUUCCUACUCCCU